CUACGUAUCAGAGCGCAUGCGCGUCGCGGGCCAGUAGAGCGAGUGGACAUGCAGCGUGUUGAGGAGGGUUUUGAUCCACACCAUGGUGAUGAGUGAUAUUUUAAUUACAGUUUUAUCAUGAGGCCCAGUUUAUUUUGCGGGAUUAUUCGUUUGAAAUACCCGCACGAAGGUUUGAGACACUGUACUUCCCGGCUUUUUCGGGCUUUUCUUUCGGAUGCCGCUAAGGAGCCUCCAAAACAGUGGAGUUUCACAGUCAGUCCUUUUACUAAAAUUUAUUGCCAGUUAUCCUGUGGUGUGUCUGUAAAGCCCCUGGACAAACACUCACUUCCGGGAGCGGAACAGGUUUGUGUGACUCUCCUCGGGCGCAGCCGUGAUGACGUCACUACCCAGGAAACGCUUCAGGUUCAUUAUGAUGAUCAGAGCAAGAAGUUAGAAGUUUCCAGCAACGAGACCAUCAGCAAUCUGUCUGUAGAGCUCACAGCUCCUAUUAAAAGUGAUCUUCAUAUCGUUGGUCAAGGGAAAGGCAAUGUGAAGAUCCAGAACAUGGAGAGUGAUGUGUGCCAGGUACAGACAGAAAGAGGUCACUGCAUCCUUCAGUCUGUCAAGAGUCACAAAGUGCAGGUACGGUCUUGUGGAGGAAACAUCACUGGUAUGGGCACCAUCAACGGCGAUGUGGAGAUGAUCACUGCAGGACACAGUAGAGUUGAUCUUAAGAAGAUCCAGGGAACAUCCAUGAAUAUUUCCACUGAACAUGGGCCACUAAAUGUGAAAGCCAUUUAUGCUGAGAAGAGUGCUGUAGCAUCCUCCUCGGGAAAAAUCCAUAUUGGGCAUAUACAUGGUGAAGCACUUGUGAACAGUGACACAGGAGAUAUCAUCAUCGACAGUUCUAGUGGUGUCCUAACAGCACACACUAACGCUGGGAACAUCGAUGCAUAUGUGAGCCAAACAGGAACAGCCGAGCUUCAUACACAGCAAGGUGCUGUGAGUGUCCGUGUGCCGUCCACUUUAAAGGCCUGGGUGCAUCUCUGUGGGACGUCUGUGGAAGGCAAUUCAGAGAUUCUUCAGGAGACACAAAUCCAAUCAUCUGAAGGAAAAACGGUGCUCACUGGGCCGCUGAAUGGUGGCACUCGAGAGGACUGCUGGAUCAGUGCCAUUGCUGACAGAGGCACAGUGAGCAUCAAGACCCAGAGCUGGUUUGAGACGCUCAAACUGGGGAGCUGAAUGCAUAUUUGCCUUUAAAUUUGAAGAUGAAUAUUAGUUAGUAGGUACGACUUUGGUUUUAUGUUUACAGUGUAUCUUUAUUGUUUAUAAGAUAAAUAAACAAAGAAUAUAUUCCA